AUGCACCUUUUCGCCCUCUCGAUGUGCAUUCAAUCUCAUGACCUCUUCAAGCACUUUCGCUCGCACCACGCUACUCAACGACUGAAGCAUGAGCUCAUCGAGCACUACCUUGGUAAGGCCAAUCAGCUCGCCAAGUACCCUCCAGAGGCAUCGUCGCCCCCGCAAAACAUACUCAUUAUGGUGGAAAAUUAUGAGAAGAAGUCCGGCCGUAGGACUGCUCAGUACGUUGAAAAUGUAGAAGAGAGCAGCAAAGACGAUGACAGCCACAACAACAGCAAUGGUACAGACGGCAGUAGUAGUGCAGUGAUUGGCCAGGGAUGGGGAGGUGAUCUGAAGAAGUACAGUGGUACAGAAAACACCGACAAGGAAAGGUGCUCAAUUUCAAGCGCAGACAUUGAGGGAGAUGCCGGCAAAACCGCCCCAACUCAUGAGCUGACCGCUGCCAACCUUCUCCUUCUUAACAACUCAAUGAGCCAUCACUCCGAAACUGCUGUCUACAACAAGAGUUCAAGCAUCCAAGUCGACAUGGACCUCACUUUAGCCUCCUCUACUAAAGCUGAUUCAGUAUUCGCAGUCAUGAAAGCAACGUUGAAGCUCCGCCAUGUAUGA